AUGUUUGUGACCAGGACUCAAGGUAGUGGGGGAGCGAACAGCUGCAACAAACAAACUCCAGCUCACGGAGCUCUCCCCACACAAGGCAGAGAUGAAGCCUGCAUCUCAAGGUCCAGCUUUUUUUAGCAUUUGCGCACACAGGAAAAUGUCCCAUGGUUGCAAAACCUUCCCACUGGUCACUGAGCCGCACGCCCCCGCCCCCAGGCCGUAUCUCCAGAGAUAAGCGCUACAGCCAUAUAAGAGGGCUCAGUUGAGGCGCUGCUCCUGACACAGCUACACGGCACCAUGAUCUGUAUCCUGUUCGCUACCCUGACGCUGGCCGCUGGGGCCCUCAGUUGUGGGAAUCCCGCCUACCCACCUCUCUUGACCAGAGUGGUUGGAGGAGAAGAUGCAAGACCAUUCAGCUGGCCCUGGCAGGUGUCCCUGACAUACGGUGCCAAUGGCGGCUGGUAUCACACCUGUGGGGGAACCCUCAUUGCACCCAACUGGGUCCUGACAGCUGCUCACUGCAUCAGCUCUUCUCUGACCUAUCUAGUGUUUCUUGGCAAACACAACCUAAGGCUUGCUGAGGAUGGAUCGAUUGCAGUCAGUCCACAAAAGAUCAUUGUCCAUGAGGGCUGGGACCCAAACCGUCUUGCAGAUGGCAACGACAUUGCUUUGAUCAAACUCUCCCAGAGCGUUGCCCUGAGCAGUCAAAUCCAGCCGGCCUGCCUCCCUCCAGCAAACAGUCUCCUGGCCUCUGGCGUCGUCUGCUACGUAACAGGAUGGGGAAGGCUGCAGACAAACGGCGCUCUCCCAGAUAUACUGCAGCAAGGGCCCUUGGUCGUGGUGGAUUACGCCACCUGUUCCCGGCCUAGCUGGUGGGGCAGCAUAGUGAAAACCACCAUGAUCUGUGGAGGCGGCGACGGGCUGAUCUCCAGCUGCAAUGGGGACUCCGGUGGCCCACUGAACUGCAAAGGUGCUGACGGCAGGUGGGAAGUGCAUGGCGUAGUCAGCUUUGGCUCCGCACUAAGCUGUAAUUACUACCAGAAACCCUCCGUCUUCACUCGGGUCUCUGCUUUCAACAACUGGAUCAAUACGGUUAUGGCAAACAACUAACCUGAAGAGCCGUGGACAACAGACUAACCCUGUGCUGGGGGAAGGGAAGCUAUUUUGCUGAUUGAAAUAGUCGUAAUCACAAAAUUCCAAACUGAUGAUGUGCUGAAGAAAUCUGUAUAUAAUAAAUAACCAACAUUUGUUUGCAACAUGCGUGUAUAGCCUGUGCCUCGGGGAAAGGAAGGGUUUAAGAUGGAAGAACAUGACAAUGGUUGCAGGAAGUUAUGCAGUGGAGCAUUUUCUUCCAUUAGAUAAAACCCAAUGUGAAUGGAAGUGGAAUAUGAAGCACAACACAAGAAUGAGGACUUGGGGAGGGGGGAGGAAGGGGGGGAACUCACCCAGUGCCAUUUGUUUCCACAGUGGUUGACACGAGAAAUGUGUGUUGUCACCCUAGUGUCCCCACACUCCCUUCUAACCCCACAUUCCCAUACUAGGCUCCAGCUGCCAACUCUCCCUUUGCCUCACAUCUGAGCAUGGGGGAAUUAUAAGAACUAUAAAUCCCAAGAACCUGGCAAUGCUCUUGAUGGGAACUCAAAAUACGCAAUGCACAGCUCCUGGCAGUUCUCCAUUCAGUGAUUUGAUACCGUUACUCAUUGUGCCCAGCUGUUGGAAGUGAUCCUGGAGUGGCUGCUGGCUGAAGAACAUGCUGUAGAGCAGGGAACCACCGGAAAGCCACUUUGAAAUAUCAGGAAGGCUUUUAAAAACUGAGGAUAAUUUCUGAUGAUACCUUUUAACCUUUUUAAGGGGAAUGGAGCCCAUGGUGCUUAUCUCUUUCCAGCAGCCCAUAAAUCUCAUACCAACAGGAGUUACAUGCACAUCUGCAGAGGGGAAAGACAAGCCAGUGUUCAUUUUUCUACCACCAUAAAAUUUAACCCACUUGGAAAGUUAGUAAAAGGCCAUAAAUUUACCCUCUCUGUCUUGAGCUUUCAAAGCCAGGAACUACCCAAUAGAAACAGCCUGGAAGGACUGAAGGCCACCUCCAUCCCCAUUGCCUUUAGUCAAAUAACCCUAAAAAGCAGCUCUGAUGCUCCAGAACAGAGCAAAACUUAUUCCAGACAAUUGGUCAAUUUAGUCCUGCACACGUGAGCAAGAAUCAGGAUGAGCUCUGGCCUGGGGAAUGUUCUUACUCAAAGCUAGCUGGAUGAAAGGUGCCCUAUUUCUAAGCAGGGUCUGAAUGAAUGCUCCCCUGGCACCUAGCUUGGAGAGGGAGAGGCUUUGUGUGUGUUUAUGUACAUAGAGUUUGCUCCUGCUCUGCUUAGAUAUUCAGCAGAUAGAGUGGUGUCAAAGUGAUCAACUUUGGCUGGUGUUGGGUUACAAAACACCUUAGUACUGAAUGCAGGGGUAGUGAAAUAUAGUUACCAAUGUUGUAAUAAUUGUAGGAAUACAGGGAAGCAGGACUGUGCUUAACCGGUCCCAAAUGAGGGGUCACAUUCAGUUGAAAGAACCUCACUAAGCCAGGGGCUUGAAUGCCAGAGCCCUGUGGAAGUAAGAGGGGAUGGGGACAGAUAUCUCAGGAUGCUGCAAACUCUUUCUAGGGGUUCUUCACUAGAGUGGUUUAGCAUGUUUCUCCCGACUGUUCAAAUACUAGAACUAAAUAGGCUUCAUUCAGAACUUCUUUGUUAUUUUAAAUACUCAAUCAGUAUUUAAAAUCAGUUGUGGUGGGUGUGAUGGGUUCAGUCACAGAGAUCCCUUUGGGCCUGUCCCCUGACAUGCUGAAAUUACCUCUGAGCCCAUUUUCCCUGCCAGUUUAAGACUCCAGAAUCCUCCCUUGUUGA